AUGAUCAGAGAGUAUAACAGAGAUGAUUAUGACAUUAUCGAAACCAUUGGUGAAGGCACAUUCAGUGUGGUAUUUUUAGCCAAAGACGCUAACACUGGCGACAAUGUUGCCAUUAAAGCGCCAAACGGAAUACUCGGACAGCAACGCAUACGGAGAGAAAUUAAAAUAUUGUCAUCAAUCAAUCAUGAGAAUGUCAUUAAUCUUUUAGCAUUCAAAGAAUCCUCAGCAAUAGCAUACCGACUGCGAUUGAUACUACCCUACUGUCCUUUUACAAUAAAGAGACUGCUCAAAGAUUAUGAACUGACGACUUUACACACAAAGGCAUCGAUGGUCAUGAUUCUCCGUGGCGUGGCCUAUCUUCAUGAGCAAGGCAUUAUACAUCGCGACUUAUCGCCAAACAAUAUAUUAGUUGACCGUUCGGGAAUUAUCAAAAUUGCUGAUUUGGGUUGUGCUUGGACAGAAGAGGAUGACAAAGGUAACGAAGAAGGGGCAGAAAAGAGAGGAAAGAAGAAUCAUGAAGUCGGCACAAGAGCGCCUGAGAUUCUCUUCUCUUCGCCGGAUUACACAGAAUCCAUAGAUAUUUGGUCUACUGCGUGUAUUAUUGCAGAAUUUUUCACGCAGCCACCAGGAACACCAUUGUUUUGUGGUGAAAGUGAUAUUGAUCAGAUAUGUCGUAUAUUCAGAGUGCUCAAUGUCCCGGAUGACUCAACUUGGCCAGAAUUCAAGUAUCUUCCUGACUAUGGGAAAAUAACGUUCGAAAUAGGCCACAGCGAAGGAUUGUCGGGCCAAGACCUUCCAAACGCGACAGACGAUGUACUAAAUUUCAUUAAACAGCUCUUGGUGCUAAGGCCAAUCGAGAGGCUACCUGCGAGACAGGCUUUGCAGAGUCCAUACCUGUCAGAAUUUUCGGCCGUUUCUGCCAUAAAUAUUUCCGAGCUGAAGAGACGCAUUCCUGAAAGUCUUUGUAGAUUAUUCUUCGGCUAA